AUGGCUGGCCAGAUGAUCCUGACCCAGGUGCGUGCUCCAAAGCCCCUAUCGCCAAGCGUGGCUGCCCGUGGGCGCGCCAGUAAACGCGGGUGGAAUGGAACAGGCUCCUCCAACGUCUCUUUCCACCUCCGAUUUCCGUUAAACAUCUGCGCUGGGCACAGCGCGCAGCCUCCACAGGGCCGCUCUCUAGGUGGCGAGCUGCGCGACAUGCCUCACCCGCUGGCCGGCUCCAGCAGCGAGGAGGGGGUGGGCGGCGACAGCACGCCCAGCCCGGACCUGCUGAUGGCCCGCAGCUUCGGCGACAAGGAUCUCAUUUUGCCCAACGGUGGGACGCCAGCAGGCACUUCGAGCCCAGCUUCUUCAUCUUCCCUUCUCAACAGACUUCAGCUUGAUGACGACAUCGAUGGCGAGACCAGAGAUCUCUUUGUCACCGUUGAUGAUCCCAAGAAGCAUGUCUGUACAAUGGAGACCUAUAUCACGUACAGGAUCACCACCAAAAGUACUCGGGUGGAGUUUGACCUGCCGGAAUAUUCUGUCCGUCGAAGAUACCAGGAUUUUGACUGGUUGAGGAACAAACUGGAAGAAUCGCAGCCCACUCAUCUCAUUCCCCCGCUUCCCGAAAAGUUUGUGGUGAAAGGUGUUGUGGAUCGUUUUUCGGAAGAGUUUGUGGAGACCAGAAGGAAAGCUUUGGAUAAAUUCCUAAAAAGAAUUACGGAUCAUCCUGUGCUUUCUUUCAAUGAACACUUUAAUGUUUUUCUUACUGCUAAGGACCUGAAUGCCUACAAGAAGCAAGGGAUGGCGCUGCUGACCAGAGUGGGCGAGUCAGUCAAGCAUGUCGCCGGAGGCUACAAGCUGAGGAGUCGGCCUCUGGAGUUUGCAGCCAUCGGCGAAUACUUGGACACUUUUGCACUCAAACUGGGAACCAUAGAUCGGAUAGCCCAGCGGAUCAUCAAAGAAGAAAUAGAGUACCUUGUAGAGCUCAGAGAAUAUGGGCCCGUGUACUCCACGUGGAGCGCGCUAGAGGGGGAGCUGGCUGAACCCCUGGAGGGCGUGUCAGCGUGCAUCGGCAACUGCUCCACAGCCUUGGAAGAGCUGACAGAUGACAUGACAGAAGACUUUCUGCCUGUGCUCAGGGAAUAUAUUUUAUAUUCUGACUCCAUGAAGAGCGUGUUGAAGAAGAGGGACCAAGUGCAAGCGGAGUACGAAGCCAAACUGGAAGCCGUGGCUCUGAGAAAGGAGGACCGCCCCAAGGUGCCCGCGGACGUUGAGAAAUGUCAGGAUCGGAUGGAGUGCUUCAAUGCUGACCUGAAAGCCGACAUGGAGAGGUGGCAGAACAACAAGAGGCAGGACUUCCGGCAGCUGCUCAUGGGAAUGGCUGACAAGAACAUCCAAUAUUAUGAGAAGUGCCUCAUGGCGUGGGAGUCGAUUAUUCCGCUUCUACAGGAGAAGCAAGAGACCAAGUGAGUUCCUUCUGGGGACAGAGGCUCUUCUACCUACACAGGGCACGGCACGCCAUCCCGGAAUGUCCCUGCUGUGCCAGAGAGCAGGCCCCGAGCAAGCAACCACAGAAACAUCUCUCCUCGUGUAUUUCCUUCCCUUCCCCACCUGCCUUUGUCUGACAGUUUUUUCACUUAGUAUUUAUUCCCUGGCGGAGGUGUAAGGCUAUAUUCAUCUCUCAGCAAAAGCAGCAGACCUCCGUGCUGUGAAGGAAGCUAUGACACGGAACACUACGAAGAUUCGAAAGCGGGGGACCAGACAUCCUCAGUUGACCCUCUGACAUCUUGUCACAGUUUCCUGUUCUGGGACAGCGGAGCUGCCUGUUGUGGAAGGGAACCCGGGCCCCGCUUUUCAGGGAUGUGAGGAAGGCACAAACAGGAGGCCAUUCUUGCUUCCUGUGGACACACAGCAGCUCUGGACUGACCUCUGUGGGCAGUGACAUGUCCCAGCCUGGCAGGAGGUGUUGGCACCUCCGUGAAGGUCCUUAAUGUACAGUGGCCUGAAGCCGUGUGUGGCCUGCUGCCUGCUCGUGAUGAGUGGUGCCUGUUUGAUGGUUCCUGUUUCCCGCGGGGCCAUUUAAAUCAGUGUCUAAAUGCAUCCGAACUAGAGCCAACCAGCCAGCGUCCUUGUCCUUACCAGUACCAGCCUCGGGGAGCUGGAGGACAGGGCUCCCCAAACUUUUUUCUGACACUAGAAUGCGGAAGAUUGGAAACUGUUUUUGUGUAAAAUGAAAAAAAGGUGCAUUUUUCUCUGUGA